GGUCUCGGGCCCUCAGUCGGAGCGGCGGGCGCCGGACCCCCAGGCGGAGCGACAGGUCUCGGGCCCUCAGGCGGAGCGGCGGGCGCCGGACCCCCCCAGGCGGAGCGACAGGUCUCGGGCCCUCAGGCGGAGCGCGGGCGCCGGACCCCCAGGCGGAGCGGCGGGCGCCGGACCCCCAGGCGGAGCGACAGGUCUCGGGCCCCCAGGCGAAGCGGCAGGGGCACGCGAGUCACAGGCACGACAGUGGGCUCCGAGUCAACUGGCAUGACCGCUGGCACUGGGUCAGACAUUGGAUCGUCUGGCUGGACAGCGGACAUCGGGUCACCAGGCAUCAGGUCAUUUGGCUCGACAGCGGGCACCGCGUCAUCUGGCAAGGCAGUGGGCUUCGAGUCAUCUGGUAUGACCGCGGGCACUGGGUCAGACAUUGGAUCGUCACCUGACUGGACAGCGGGCAUCGGGCUGAGUAGAGGCUUCAGGCUGAGUAGAGGAUCAGGCCGAGAGUAGAGGCUUCAGGCCGAGUAGAGGCUUCAGGCCGAGUAGAGGCAUCAGGCCGAGUAGAGGCUUCAGGCCGAGUAGAGGCAUCAGACAGAGUAGAGGCUUC